AUGACUCACUCCAAGGCUGUCAUCAUCGGUUCCGGUCCCGCCGGACACACUGCCGCUAUCUACCUCGCCCGUGCUGAGAUGAAGCCCGUCAUGUACGAAGGUAUGCUCGCCAACGGUUUCGCCGCCGGAGGCCAGCUCACCACCACCACCGACAUCGAGAACUUCCCCGGUUUCCCCAAGGGUAUCCUCGGCGCUGAACUCAUGGACAACAUGCGCGAGCAAUCCCUCCACUGCGGUGCCGAGAUCAUCACCGAGACUGUCACCAAGCUCGACCUCUCUAACCGUCCGUUCAAGUUCUGGCUCGAGGGUGAGGAGGAGGGUGAGCCUCACACCGCCGACGCUAUCGUUAUCGCGACUGGUGCGUCCGCGAAGAGGAUGAACCUCCCUGGAGAGGAGACUUACUGGCAAUCCGGUAUCUCCGCUUGUGCCGUCUGCGAUGGUGCCGUCCCCAUUUUCCGCAACAAGCCCCUCAUCGUCAUCGGUGGUGGUGACUCCGCCGCCGAGGAGGCGCUUUACCUCACCAAGUAUGGUUCCAAGGUCACCGUUCUCGUCCGCCGUGACGUUCUCCGUGCUUCCAAGGCCAUGGCUACCCGUCUCUUGAACCACCCCAAGGUCGAGGUCAUGUUCAACACCUCCCCCCUCGAAUGCAAGGGUGACGGAUCUCUCCUCCAAUCCCUCUCCAUCAAGGACAACAAGACUGGGGAGACCCGUGACCUCGCGGCCAACGGUCUCUUCUACGCCAUCGGUCACGAGCCCGCUGUUUCCCUCGUCCGUGGUCAGCUCGACCUCGACUCUGAGGGUUACAUCGUCACUCGUCCUGGAUCGGCUGAGACGUCUGUUAAGGGUGUUUUCGCUGCUGGUGAUGUUCAGGAUAAGAAGUACCGUCAGGCUAUUACCUCUGCUGGCAGUGGUUGUAUGGCUGCUAUGGACUGUGAGCGCUUCUUGGCCGAGGAGGAGGAUGAGCACCUUGCCAUCCACCCCACCAAGGACGAGAAGUCUGGUCUUGGAUACUCUGAGAACCCCCAAUUGGCUCCCAACGGUACCAAGACCGACCUCUAA